CAUAUUUUAUUAUGGAAACAGUCUCUCAAAAGGGGCCUUUUUAGAAAUGGUAGGCCUGGUUUCGAACAAACUGACUGUAAAAUUAUAUUAUCAGUAUGUACCACCGGAGUAAGAAUCUAUUGAAAUUACCGAAACAAUCAAUAAUGGCCAUUUUGAUCAGUUUUCUAGCAGACGAUUCCAAUUGGGUAAAUAAAAUCAAUACAAAUGUGGGAAAUAUAAUCAGAAACGAAGAGUUUCUAACAGGAUGCAAUUAACAAUGACAAAGGAAUGUGUCAAAAAAUGAAACAGUUGUGUUGGCGUAGAGAGACCUAAAUCUGUGACUACUCCACAAAAGAUAACACAGUACAUUUAAUAAAUUAUAAUACAACCCGGAUAUAGAUAAGGUCAACAACGGUGGUCGGGCCUAUCAGUGUCUUUGCCACAAAUAUUGAAAUAAAUAAGUCGUAUAAACGUAUCCAGAUGCCAGUUGUGUGUGUGGAGUUGAGAAGAACUUGCCUAAGCCGAUAUUCAAUGAAAUAGUAUACCGGAUUUUCCGAGGACAAGUUAAAAAUAACAAAAAAAUAAUGGAUAGGAACAUUGUUUCCUGGUUAGUGUUGGUAGUUUUUACCAGUCUUGUAGUAAAUGUCCUGACAGAAAUUCCACAUGAUUUUAACAAAGUUAUGGUACUACAAAACCAGGAAGAGUUUGAAAACCUUAUAAACACUAAACAUGUUGCAGUAGUAUAUUAUUAUAAAAGAGAAGUAGCAAGAAUACGUCACUUUUUUAAAGAAUUUGAUAAAUCUGCCGAAUAUUUAGCUGUAUAUGGUGUUGUGUCUGGAAUAGUGGAUUGUAGAGUCGAUGGCACCAAUUUACCAACAAUAUGUCAAAAAAAUGGCAUUGAACACUCUAUUUAUACGUACAGAGAUGGAGAAGAAUUACUUAUAUUGGACCUUGAGACAAUGUUUGAUGUUAAUUCUAUUAUGUCUAAUGUCUUACAGCUUGUAUUACUACAUGAAGUGCCCAUUAUUCAGAAUAGAGCAGAUAUGGAGGAAAUGAUAGACAAAAACAAAGGCAAAACAGAUGUUAUUUUCUCUUAUCAAAAAGCAAUUGGAACAUAUGAACAUAGAAUUUUUAUGGAAGUUGCCUUUGCUUAUCAAGACAAAUAUGCCUUUGCAGUAACAACUGAAAGAGAUGCAGUGGAAAGUCUUCGAGAAUCUGACCAAAUAAGUCAGUCAUCUAUGGCAGCUAUUUGGGCAUUACAUUGUAAGGAUAUAACAGAAAGCUAUGGAAAUUGUAUAGAUGUUAAAUAUAAAGGCAAAAUGGAUUUACCAUCGUUAGCUAAAUAUUUACGAUCCAUGACUCUUCCUAAAUUUAUUACUAUAAACAAUGGUUAUGAGAUGAUACCAUAUGCAAAAGAAAAUUUAGACUGUCUUUAUUUGGUAUAUGAUACAGCCACACAAAAAGAAAUAGACGGAGUAUUACAAAACUAUAAGUAUUUCUUUCAUGGUAUAGUAGGAAUAGUACUUGUAAACAUGAAUUCUGUCCAAGAACCGGUUAAAAAUAAAUAUAGUCAUGUGACAUUACCUGGUAUUGGUUUGAAAAGAGCAGACGAAGAUGAUGUAGGAUUUAUGGCAAGUGAAUGGUCAGGUCACACAGUGGCUGAAUUUAUAACAGAAAAUAUACUUUAUACAAAACCUGAGUUUAAUGGUGAAGCAAGUGUUCCACCAUCAGAUACAGAAUAUAUUGAUAUGAAAAAUGAUGAUAAUAAUGAUAGAACAAAAUAUAAUCUACCGUCAAUUGAAGAUGUGGAAACCCAAGAUGAUCAAGUUGCGGAUUCUGUAUUUAGAUUAGCAAAACAAGCUAUGUCUUUAAAUACUGUAUCAACAUUAACAGAUCAAACUUAUUCUCAAACAAUAACAAACUCUAGCCUACUUAUGGUUCUAUUUUAUAUACCAUUUGAUGCUAAAAGUAUGGCUUUUUUAAGAGCUUAUGGAGAAGCCUCUGAAUUAUUAGUUGACAAUUCUACACCGAAUGUAUUAGCUAGAAUGAAUUGUUAUGAUUGGACAGAUGUUUGUGGUAAAGAGAAUGUAUUUACCUACCCUACUAUACGUGUAUUUAAAAAGGGAAAAUACAUAGAAGACUAUAAUGGGUUAUUAGACACACAAGCUGUUGUCAGAACUAUAAGAUUAUUGCAAAUUGGUAGUCCAAUAAAACUGCAUUCAUCUGAAAAGGUGAUGGAUUUUAUAGACGGUAGAUUACCAGCAAACAUAAGUCAACUAACUAAUACUAGUAUAUUGGGUGUCUUUGAUUCUUCUCAUAAAACAGAAUUAAGUGCCUUUUCUAAAAUAGCCAAACAAUACAUGAAAACUAUUGUAUUUGGAGUGACUGAUAGUACUACAGCUAAAACCAAAUCUCCAGCUAUUAUUAUUAUUAGACAUAAUGACCCAUUCCAAAAAGAUUCCAGUCUUACAUCAGACUUUAGUACAGAUAGUAUAGCAGAAUUUAUAGAAAAUAAUAGAUUACCUGUUUUGCCAGAAUUAACAGCAUACAGAUUCCCAGAUUUAUUUAAAAGAGGAAAGCCAUUAGUUAUUUUAUUUUUAGAUGAACCAGUUAGUAGUGAUAUAAAAGAAACAUUAGCCAAUAUAGCUAAAUCUCGUAAAUUCACGCAAUUUACUUUCUGCUGGAUGGAUAUAACAUCAAAUCGUGGUAUAGGAGAAAAGAUAUUAAAUUCAUAUACACAAUCUAGUAGAGUACCUGCUAUAUCUAUUGUAAAUAAUAAAAAGGGUGAUGUAUAUAAUUAUCCUGGUGCCAGCACUGAGUUUUCAGAGAGUAAAUUAAUAAAAUGGUUUAAUGAAGUUUUAUCAAAAAUGGUUGAACCAUCAAAAACAUUACCAAAUGGAGACUGGAAACCAUCUGGUCGUAGUUAUGACUUUUUAUCUAUGAUGGAUUAUGAAGCUGAACAUGGUCAACCUCCUGAACUCAUUAACAAUGAAGAAAUAUCUUAUGAGGGAGAUCAAGAAGCCAGACCUGAAGAAGUGGAAACUGAAGAAUUAGAAGCUAGAGCUGAAUUAAUACAGUUGGGUAACUCACGUCUGUAUCAUACAGCUAAAGAUAGGAAAUCAGAUGACACAAUAACAGAUAAAACACCAACAGAAGAACAUCCAGCAGAUAAAACAACUCAACAUCCAGCAGAUAAAACAGAACCAAUGAAAGAUGAAUUAUAGUUUAUAAAAAUUUGUUUUUCCUCAUAUAAUCUCUUCCAUUGUUUUAUUAAUCCAUUUAUAUUUUGGUGCAUAUUAUCCGUUCACGGUACCUUUGCCAUAAUUCUUAGUGACAAAGUCAUAUUUGUCAGUCUUGACUGACCGGCAACAAAAUUGACCAGCAGGAGAACUUACCUGUCAGUCAAUUAACCUUAAAAUACAAUAAAUACAGUUAAAUUUAUAGUUUUUAUGCGAACAAACACUUAAAAAUUUAUAUUAGAAAAUUGGAAUAAUGCUAAAAUUGCCAAAAUCUAUGAUAAAUAUCUUUCUAAACAAAAUACAUCAAAAAUUGACCACCUGGCAAAAUUUUGAUGCGAAAAGCCCCAAUCUAUACUGAUAAUACACAGGUCACAAUGAUAUGGAAUACAAUUACUGCUUAUUACGUUUCGGUUAGACUUCUCUAAUCUUUAUCAAUGUCGCUCAAUAAUGGGCAGUAAUUGUAUUCGAUAUAGAAUUAUGACCUAUGUAUUCCUGUUCAAUUACUAAAUGCUAUUGAAACAAUACUGAUAAAGUCUGAAUUCUCCUUUGUUAGUGCUGUUAGAUGUCGUCCCACAAUUAUUCUUGUAUAGGUUGAGUCACAAUAGAAAGUGUGUUCAGUUUUCAUCUCAUUACUUGUUAUUAAUGGCAUUAAGUAAGGUCAAAUACUUUCCUAUUAGACCACUGUCCAGUUAGUGAAUUUUCUCACCUCAAAAUCUUUUGAGUGUUGUCUGUGUAACCUACAUGAUGAUCAACAGAAGAUCCAAAGUAGAUGUUACAGGAGUAGAAAAGUUGUUUUCAUGGCUUUAUUCCUUAAACCAAUACAAAAAUAUUGCAGGAAUCAGUUUCAAUAUUUGCAUCUGUAAUAAUAAUAAUUUUCUAUUGAUAUGGUUGAAUAAUCAUGAUCCAAGGUGAUUAUUCAAAAUAAUUCACUUAAUGGAUGUCGCAGCCUUUAUGUACAUUAAUGCCAUAUAUUAUCUUCUGCUUCAUGCAGCCAUAAUAUGUUUUAUUGCUUUUGCAAGUUGAAGUUUAAUCUGCUGUUUUUUAAAAUAAUAUUACAUUAUAUUAAUGUACGUUUUGAAUAAUCCUUCAUAUAUAAAAACUGACCUCAUUAAUUUCUUCUUUUCAGUCACUAUUUUUGUAGAAUUUCUGACAGUAUUUUGGCUCAAUUUUAAUUUUGAAAGGAUAUGGAAAUAUAUCUCUUACUACAACAAAAGACUGUACUGGAUGCAGUAGUUAAGUCUCAGGUUUAUAUCUCCUCAGAAAUUCCUCAUAAUAACAAUAAUAUUAUUAAAGCGACCGAUCGUCAUUUGAGGGAUUUUGAAUCCGUUGCAAACUACAAUACUGUGAAAGCUGAGUCUCUGAAAGGAAUAUCAGACCAAAAAUGGUUCAAUUCUGCUUUCAGAACUAUGAUCAAUUGAACAUUUUGCAACUUCAGCAUAAUAAACAGCAUAAUAUGAUUGAAUCCAAUCUGACUCGGAUUUUAUUUAGAUGUUAUAAUUAAAUAAUUAAUCAAUUUGAAUACAUUUGAGCUUGGAUUAAGCAUAAUCGUUUAAGCUACGAAAAAUUAGAUAGUGUUUGAAAAAUGCAAAUGUUGAUUUGUGGCUUUAAGUCAAAGUGAUUUUUAAUACAUUAUGUACAUGUAAAUAAACUAGGUUUAUAGGGCAAUAUUAAUUUUAUUUUAUGUAGAUAUUAUUGGUAAGGGUUUAGUUAUAACGUUUUACAAUGUUUACUGUUUAUAGCGUAUUGUUGGUAGUAGAUCUAUUAGAUUUUUAUAGCUGGAAAUCUUGGGUUUUUUUCAAUUUAAUCUACCAAUGUAUGUAUAUCUUGGCCUAUGUAUGUAUCCUAAUUAUAGAAAUAUGGUCUGAUAUUGUUGCCACCACUUUGUGUCUGUCUGUCUGUCCACAGUUGCUUGGAAUUUAUGCUGUGUUUAUGUUCAUGAGACCUAAAAGCCUUUAAUUUUCAAUGACAUCUGAUUAUGUGAAUAGUUGACGUCAAUAUUUGAUUAUCAUCGGUACAUAUUUUGUUUCUGAUAGUGUUACGAGGAACCCUAUCAAAUUUUACUUAUUUGUUGCCCUUGAUUAGUUUUUAGUGUCUUUUAAAUGACUCUAGUGGCUACAAAAGAAUAAAAAUGCCCAGUUUUAAUGCUUGGCAACCAAUAAUUCUUUUUUUACUAACUCACCAAGGAUUGAUAACAAUUAAGUCAUGCCUUUCAAAUUGUAAAAAAUGAAAUAUUUUUGUAAUAUAUUUUUCUAAAUGAAUUGUGAUAUGUGUAAGUUGGUUUGCAAUUUAGUGUAUGUGGUCAUGUGAUGAGAAAAUAUAUAUGCAAUUUUUGUUAAAAAAAAAAAAUAAAAAAAAAUAAAAUCAACUGAAAACCCCCAGUUCAAAGGUUAUUAUUCUGUUGUAAAAUCAUUUUGCAGUUCAGAAACAAAACAUUUUUGUUAUGUUUAACUUGUGAACCACUUCUGUGUUCAUUUUGUUUCAAUAAAACCUUCCAUUUAAUUGUCAUGAAGCUUUAUAUAAAUAUUACAGACAUGCAUUCAUUGUCAAUGAUGUGUGCCGGUGGUUUCAAUAUAUUAUGCAAAGUUAAGAGAUAAGAGGCUUAUUUUGUCUUACAAUGCUAAAAUAGGUUUGUGGUAUACCUCAGCUAGAAUUUAAAGAGUUAGUAAUAAAUUUUCAACCAUAGUUUUACAAUGCAAGAGAUAUUUUCAUGUUCUCUUCAUUGAAUGAAACAGACCUCUUAACUUCGCAAAAUACUAUGAUUCAUAUAUUUAAAUCAUGUUACAGCUUUAUAUUUAUGAAAUCUAAAAUUUGUUAUUAAUGAGAAUAUUCAUAAUUAUUUAUUUGUAUACAGAUAACUUGUCAUUGUUAUAUUUUGUUUUUUCUCGUUGAAAUGUUUACAGAUUUUAUCAAAAGAUGUCUUUUAUAUCUCUAUAUAAAUGUUGAUUUAUAAUCAAAAGCAUAUGUAAAUGUAUAUACAAACAAAAUUUUGGGGAAAAUGUAAUAGUUUUAUAUCUGGUUGGUGUAAAAUACUUUCCUAUCCAGUAGAUUAUUUAUUUCCUUUCCAACUGGCUACUAGGUCAUUUAUUUCCUAUCCAUCUGUAGGUCCUUUAUUUACUGGAUGAUCAAAUCUCAAACCUUUACUAGGGGGAUGCUCGAUUCACAGUCAAGAACGUCCUGAAUUGACAGAAUUGCAAUCGAGUAACGCGGAAUUCAGUUCUGUCACAGUUCUGUCAGUCCCAACAACGGAAGUGGUGUGAGUAGAAUCAUGACGUAAUUAAAAGGUUUCGGCUGCACGGUUGGUUGAGAUAUUUACUUAUUCAGUCGACGCAUGCACUGUAGCCCGAAAUCCACCUUUUCACUCGAUUGUCACUAUUUUUGGAAUUGAAGGAAUUCAAUUCCGGAAUGUUCAAUCGAGUACCCCCAAGCUGUUGAACUGUGUAUUGCAGCCCAGAAUUGUAUUGCAAUAUAUUAUUGCAAUAUAACCAGGUGUAUUGCAACAUGAAGGCCUAUUAUGAAAUCCAUUUCUGGAAGAAAAACAUUAUUUUGAUUAGAUCAGCAACAUGAAGGCCUAUUAUGAAAUUCAUUUCUGGAAGAAAAACAUUAUUUUGAUUAGAUCAGCCUAGAAUGGGAACAAUUCUGCAUGUAUUUAUGGACUUUUUAAAUGAAAUGGGGUUUAACAUCCUACUGUUUUGCUCCUACUGGGCUAUGAAGACUGGGGACUUUUUAAAAAUUUUGGAAUUAGAUUAAUGAAUGGUGUAAUAAAAUAUGAAACUAAAAUUAAAAUACAGAAAAAAGAUGUCUAUUAUCAAAAUCCUUUUAUUAUACCAUUGUGCUGAUGAAAUUUAAUGAAGAAAGUAAAAGAAAGUUGUUUCCAUACAAUUAAAUUAUUUUUAAAAAUCAAACAGAAAAUAUUAUAAUUAAGCAAUUAAUAUGCCAAAUUUUGUAUUGUAAUACUUAUUGCAAACAACCUGUACUGUGAUAGGAUUUAUCUUUUUUGACAGUCUUAGUCCAAACCCUGUAAAUUUAUUAGUUCAGAGCUUGGGAACAGCAGAGGGCAGGAAAGCCUUUUACACCAACCCAUUUAUAUAUGAUUUGCUCAUGUAUUUUAUAACUGCUGUCAUUUUUGAAUUACAUUUCUGAUUUGUUCUUUAGCUUGAUUUUAAUGUCCAAUUUGUUUUACUUUCAGUAAUCUCCUAUACCCUAAAUAUGGCCAAAAAGCAAACAUGUUUUUGAUACAAACACUAUUUAUUAGAGUACUUGUCUGUUAUUUAAUUCAUAAUAUUUAUGUAUGUAUUAUUUGACCAAAAUUCUACAUGGAAUAUAUCUAUAUAAUAAACAGCUAUUUUCUUAAGACAUAAAUGUUUAUAUGCAUUAGUAAA